CCAAGUACAUUCCCAACUACACCCUACUCCUUUUAGCAUCACAACUUUUUGUAAACGAAGCUCGAUUCAACGCUGUUACAAGGUGUUGUCUCACUAAAUACAAAUUCUGGUGACAGGUUCAGCUAGGAUAGUAGCAUUUCUGAACAUAGAGGCCUGCCUGCAAUUUGAUGUAUACGGGAAUUUUAAUUUCGGUGAUGUUUUUCACUCAACGCCUCACGUGACGAAACAGACAACUGAGGUUUCAAGUUUCUCGAGUCUUGUUUGGCAUUCAAACGCCGCUUGUCUGUUUCAGUCUACAAUCCGACUCCAUUUAUGAGACAUUUUACAGUCUUAAAUUCCCUUUUUCAGGAGCCUCCUGACCAAGGAAAACGUAGUGUUUGUGAUCUAAGCAUCAUGCUUAGAUGGAGUCUUUCGUGAAUUCUCUGACAGUGGCAAAUGUAGAAUUGUCCUUACCUUAUUCUGAAACUUUGAACAGUCUGGUCAAUUACAAUUCAGAACUCACCUACAAUCCAAGGUCCACAGCUUCAAGUACAAAUCAAAGAACAGCUCAGCUGGAUAUCAGCCGCAAGCUACCUACAAAGCUCUCCAAAAACCCAAGCACUUAUGAAAAAGAACUACGGGAUCUUGUCUUGAACUUGUAUUCAGAUAAGAAAAGACCUGUUGAAGAACGCAACCAAUCGGUUGACAUGGCCUCUUUUACUCAGGACCGUAUGAUCAACCGACCUCAAACCAAAGGUGCUUCAUUCUGGGGAGCUUCGAAAAUAACUGUUCCUCAGCCCCUUGAUAUGAUGCAUGUGACAGAACCCCAUCAAGGCCAGUCAGAAUCUGGAUCAGAGGGAUAUGGUUCUUUGGACAAUGGUGUUACACAAAUAGAGGAGAAUGGUAUACAGAAUCUACAAGAGUUGCAGGGGUAUUUGGUGAAAUUACACGACAGCAAGCAAGAAAUGUCAUCUCGCAAUGUUAGCUUCUCUUCAGACCAGAUGACUCCAUUGUUUGAUGACUCUGGAAUCCAUCUGGAAUUCACCACGCCCUCUGACACCAGAAUCUAUGAGGUAGACAACGAUGAAUCUGCCACUAAUGCCCAAAGGGAAGAGGUUGCCGAAAAUCGCGAGUUUCACCGCAUCCUGCCGGAGUUUCGAGGUCGCUCUUCAUCUGUUAUUGGGGUGGAAGGCGUUGAAAACGAAGUAGAUGGUUAUCUUGUAUCAGAUAGACUCGCUGGACAGUGUAGUGGUUUUGUCACCCAAGGCGGCGAUGAUCAAACGCAUAUUUUGAAUGAGGAUUUCACAUUAAAAAACGCAAGUUGCUCUGACCACGAAAACGGCGUGGAUCUUGAAACCGCAGAGCAGGGUGUGGCCAAAGAACAGAAAUCAUUUACAAGAGAAAACUACCACGAUCUUGCUCUUCAGCGCGCCGGUUUGGAAGGAAAGCUGGAAUCACUGCAGGGAGAGUUUGCCAGUGUCCUAGAAGACAGGAAGUUACUUCAGAUUAGGCUUCAAGCGGUGGAAGCACGACUGAGAGAGGAGGUGCUAAAAGCGCGGGAAACUAAGCCUACUGCUGUGUCCCUGGUGGACGAGCUGCGACGAAGUAAGUUUGAGUUAGAGAGUCAGCUGGAUAAGUUACAGAGUGCGUACGAAGAAAAACAUGGCAAUCUUAAUGAAGCGCUGGAGCAGUUGAAGACUUCCAGCACUACUAUUCAAAAUCUCAAAAUUAAGUUGUCCUUGGUAGAAGGUGAAAUCUACCGGAGGGAAGAAACGGUGAGCGCGCUUCAAGCGGAGAUGGAUAGCUUAAAGAAAUUGCUGGAGGAGGCCAAAGAGCAAAAUGAAGAAUUCAAGAAAGAGAACAUGGCUUUGAAUGCAGAUAUAGCGAGGCUCGUCGAUGCGAAGGAAUGGCUCCAGAAACAGCUCGGGUUUGCUGAAGACGCGCGCACGAGGCUGCAGCUUGAAGCGAGCGAAUUUGAGUCGACGUUAGCAGCGAAGAAUCGCGUGAUAGAGCAGUUGAAAUGCGAAGGAGCUCGUUCAAGUCAGCAACUCACAGAACUGCAACAGAGUUCACUCGAAGAAAAAACACAGAUUCUGAAGCAUAUGGAGCAAGUUGAAGAAAGCAUUACUCAACAAAACCUGGCUUUCAAAGAGAUGGAAAUUGAUAAACAAUCCGUGGAAAAGACUUUGGGAGCAAGAGUUGAGUCCCUCAUGAGUGAAAAUAGCAAACUCCUCAAGCUUAUGAGUUCAGCUGUGGAGGUGCAAAAAGAUCUUGACGCAGCUAAGCAAGAUGUGAUUUUGAAAGAGGCUCUGCUUGAAACCUUUGUCAAGGAAAAAGAAGAAGUAAAGGAGCAGCUGAAGCUUGCCCGCGAAUCUACUGAGGAAUACAAAAGAAAUCUUCAAGAGUUGGAAUCAAAAUUUGACGCUACCAAACGGGAACUGAAGAUGGCACAAGACGAUAUAGGAGAAAAAGAGUGCUACAUUGAAAAGCUUCAAGAAGAAAAGAGACUCUUAAAGGAAAAUCUCGACGUUGCGAAUAAGGAACGACUAGCGUGUGAUAACGCCAUUCACACAUUGCGGCUGGAUCUCGAAAAAGUUGAUCGUCGUUUUAAACUGAUGAAACGAGAACUUUCCGCAAAGAACAGUCAGCUCGAGGAAACAAUUCGGCAAAAAGAUGUGUUUGUUGGAGAGCUGCGUACACUGAGAGAAGGCUUAGAGAAUCAGGUUGCCUUGGGCUGUGCCGUGAAAGAGGAGUUAGCACAGAAGGAGAAACUCGUUGAAGAAUUUCAGGAGGUGAAAGACGCACUAGAAAAAGAGAUCGCUAGUUUGGCUCAGCAGCUGGAAUAUUCACGAGGGGACAUUGCAAGAGUGGUUAAGGAAAGAAAUGAGAUCCAGGAACAACUUCAGAGUGCAGUGAGGGAUACCGUUGUGCUCGAAGAGAAGUUUCACAAAUCGUUGCUGGAACGAGCGAGAUUGGAAGGCGAACUUGAAACUACACAGCAGUCGAACCAAGAUGAAUUGGAAGCGUUUAGAAAUCAAAAUUCAUCGCUCAGAGAAGAAAUCACGACAGAAAGAACACACCUACAGGCAGAAGUUACGAAAGAGCGAGAUAAAGUCAUCAACUUAGAGCAGGAACUGAAAUACCUAAUGGACGAGAUUAUACGAAAGGAAGGUAAGCAUAACCAGGAGCUGCAGUCUUACGGAGAGACUUUGGAAGAAAUGAAAAACAUGAAAGAACUGGCUGAACAAGAACUGAAAACGCUUCAUAAAAUCACCGAGCAAAGUGUGGCUGAACUGAAGAAAAGCUACGAAAGCCAGCUGGAAGAAGCGCGAAAUGAUGUUCUUGCUCUUCAAGAGGAAAAAGUGAACAUGGAGCAAGAGUAUGAAGUAUUCCGGAAGAAAGCAGAGAAUCAACUUGGAGUGAAAAACCGAGAUAUAAGCCAAAUGGAAAAAGAACUUUCAUUCUUGAAGGAGACGCUGCAACAAAGGAAAGCCGAGGUAGAAAAAAUGCAGAUGUGCGCAAUUGAACUUGAAAGAGAAAAGGGCCGGCUGGCUGGAGUGUUAGCAAGUCAGAAAACACUGCGAGAGCACGUGGUGAAGAUGGAAGGUGAAAUAGCAACCCGAGAAUCAGCCUUGCUUGAGGCGGCAAACGAGUUACAGAGAUUGAAGAAAGACAAAGAAUUACAGCAGAAGACAGCAAGCGAGAAAAUCGGUAGUCUACAAACGCAGUUGACGAACGUGAGGCAGGAAAAGAAGAAUCUUCAGGAUUCUUUCAGGAAGGAAAGACAGGAAAAUGUUGCUUUAAGAAGUGAGAUUGAGGAGAACGCUAACGAAAAAGUGGAUUUGAUUAAGAACUUAAGCGGUGCUGAGAAACAAAUCAAGCAAUUACAGGAAAAGGUUAAGAGCGAGGGCGAUGAAUUGAAGAGAUGCAGAUCUCAACUAGAAGGGUUGAAGGAAAGCUUCGCCGAAGAACAGACUGCGCGCGACAAUUCACAAAGGAGAUUGGAAGUGGUGUUGGAGCAAGAAGCAGCGAAGGAUAGAAGAAUGGAAAGCUUAGAAUGGGAAGUUACUCGGCGAACCAAAGAGGUGGAAUACCUAAAGGAACAGCUACGAAUGAUGGACGAAAGACAACAGUUGGAAAUGGAAAACUUGAAAACCGCGCUUCAAGUAUCAAGGAGCGAAACGACUUCAUUGCGUUCUGAGUUGUCUGAGGCGAGGAAGGCUAAAUGUACUUACCAAACAAAGACAUUUGAAUUAAAAGAUUCUCUGCUUACCGCCAGGCAAGUCACAGAGUCGUUAAAACAGGAGUUGUUUGUGAAGCGUCAGGAGCUGAAUUCCUUAGNGAUGGAGUCUUUCGUGAAUUCUCUGACAGUGGCAAAUGUAGAAUUGUCCUUACCUUAUUCUGAAACUUUGAACAGUCUGGUCAAUUACAAUUCAGAACUCACCUACAAUCCAAGGUCCACAGCUUCAAGUACAAAUCAAAGAACAGCUCAGCUGGAUAUCAGCCGCAAGCUACCUACAAAGCUCUCCAAAAACCCAAGCACUUAUGAAAAAGAACUACGGGAUCUUGUCUUGAACUUGUAUUCAGAUAAGAAAAGACCUGUUGAAGAACGCAACCAAUCGGUUGACAUGGCCUCUUUUACUCAGGACCGUAUGAUCAACCGACCUCAAACCAAAGGUGCUUCAUUCUGGGGAGCUUCGAAAAUAACUGUUCCUCAGCCCCUUGAUAUGAUGCAUGUGACAGAACCCCAUCAAGGCCAGUCAGAAUCUGGAUCAGAGGGAUAUGGUUCUUUGGACAAUGGUGUUACACAAAUAGAGGAGAAUGGUAUACAGAAUCUACAAGAGUUGCAGGGGUAUUUGGUGAAAUUACACGACAGCAAGCAAGAAAUGUCAUCUCGCAAUGUUAGCUUCUCUUCAGACCAGAUGACUCCAUUGUUUGAUGACUCUGGAAUCCAUCUGGAAUUCACCACGCCCUCUGACACCAGAAUCUAUGAGGUAGACAACGAUGAAUCUGCCACUAAUGCCCAAAGGGAAGAGGUUGCCGAAAAUCGCGAGUUUCACCGCAUCCUGCCGGAGUUUCGAGGUCGCUCUUCAUCUGUUAUUGGGGUGGAAGGCGUUGAAAACGAAGUAGAUGGUUAUCUUGUAUCAGAUAGACUCGCUGGACAGUGUAGUGGUUUUGUCACCCAAGGCGGCGAUGAUCAAACGCAUAUUUUGAAUGAGGAUUUCACAUUAAAAAACGCAAGUUGCUCUGACCACGAAAACGGCGUGGAUCUUGAAACCGCAGAGCAGGGUGUGGCCAAAGAACAGAAAUCAUUUACAAGAGAAAACUACCACGAUCUUGCUCUUCAGCGCGCCGGUUUGGAAGGAAAGCUGGAAUCACUGCAGGGAGAGUUUGCCAGUGUCCUAGAAGACAGGAAGUUACUUCAGAUUAGGCUUCAAGCGGUGGAAGCACGACUGAGAGAGGAGGUGCUAAAAGCGCGGGAAACUAAGCCUACUGCUGUGUCCCUGGUGGACGAGCUGCGACGAAGUAAGUUUGAGUUAGAGAGUCAGCUGGAUAAGUUACAGAGUGCGUACGAAGAAAAACAUGGCAAUCUUAAUGAAGCGCUGGAGCAGUUGAAGACUUCCAGCACUACUAUUCAAAAUCUCAAAAUUAAGUUGUCCUUGGUAGAAGGUGAAAUCUACCGGAGGGAAGAAACGGUGAGCGCGCUUCAAGCGGAGAUGGAUAGCUUAAAGAAAUUGCUGGAGGAGGCCAAAGAGCAAAAUGAAGAAUUCAAGAAAGAGAACAUGGCUUUGAAUGCAGAUAUAGCGAGGCUCGUCGAUGCGAAGGAAUGGCUCCAGAAACAGCUCGGGUUUGCUGAAGACGCGCGCACGAGGCUGCAGCUUGAAGCGAGCGAAUUUGAGUCGACGUUAGCAGCGAAGAAUCGCGUGAUAGAGCAGUUGAAAUGCGAAGGAGCUCGUUCAAGUCAGCAACUCACAGAACUGCAACAGAGUUCACUCGAAGAAAAAACACAGAUUCUGAAGCAUAUGGAGCAAGUUGAAGAAAGCAUUACUCAACAAAACCUGGCUUUCAAAGAGAUGGAAAUUGAUAAACAAUCCGUGGAAAAGACUUUGGGAGCAAGAGUUGAGUCCCUCAUGAGUGAAAAUAGCAAACUCCUCAAGCUUAUGAGUUCAGCUGUGGAGGUGCAAAAAGAUCUUGACGCAGCUAAGCAAGAUGUGAUUUUGAAAGAGGCUCUGCUUGAAACCUUUGUCAAGGAAAAAGAAGAAGUAAAGGAGCAGCUGAAGCUUGCCCGCGAAUCUACUGAGGAAUACAAAAGAAAUCUUCAAGAGUUGGAAUCAAAAUUUGACGCUACCAAACGGGAACUGAAGAUGGCACAAGACGAUAUAGGAGAAAAAGAGUGCUACAUUGAAAAGCUUCAAGAAGAAAAGAGACUCUUAAAGGAAAAUCUCGACGUUGCGAAUAAGGAACGACUAGCGUGUGAUAACGCCAUUCACACAUUGCGGCUGGAUCUCGAAAAAGUUGAUCGUCGUUUUAAACUGAUGAAACGAGAACUUUCCGCAAAGAACAGUCAGCUCGAGGAAACAAUUCGGCAAAAAGAUGUGUUUGUUGGAGAGCUGCGUACACUGAGAGAAGGCUUAGAGAAUCAGGUUGCCUUGGGCUGUGCCGUGAAAGAGGAGUUAGCACAGAAGGAGAAACUCGUUGAAGAAUUUCAGGAGGUGAAAGACGCACUAGAAAAAGAGAUCGCUAGUUUGGCUCAGCAGCUGGAAUAUUCACGAGGGGACAUUGCAAGAGUGGUUAAGGAAAGAAAUGAGAUCCAGGAACAACUUCAGAGUGCAGUGAGGGAUACCGUUGUGCUCGAAGAGAAGUUUCACAAAUCGUUGCUGGAACGAGCGAGAUUGGAAGGCGAACUUGAAACUACACAGCAGUCGAACCAAGAUGAAUUGGAAGCGUUUAGAAAUCAAAAUUCAUCGCUCAGAGAAGAAAUCACGACAGAAAGAACACACCUACAGGCAGAAGUUACGAAAGAGCGAGAUAAAGUCAUCAACUUAGAGCAGGAACUGAAAUACCUAAUGGACGAGAUUAUACGAAAGGAAGGUAAGCAUAACCAGGAGCUGCAGUCUUACGGAGAGACUUUGGAAGAAAUGAAAAACAUGAAAGAACUGGCUGAACAAGAACUGAAAACGCUUCAUAAAAUCACCGAGCAAAGUGUGGCUGAACUGAAGAAAAGCUACGAAAGCCAGCUGGAAGAAGCGCGAAAUGAUGUUCUUGCUCUUCAAGAGGAAAAAGUGAACAUGGAGCAAGAGUAUGAAGUAUUCCGGAAGAAAGCAGAGAAUCAACUUGGAGUGAAAAACCGAGAUAUAAGCCAAAUGGAAAAAGAACUUUCAUUCUUGAAGGAGACGCUGCAACAAAGGAAAGCCGAGGUAGAAAAAAUGCAGAUGUGCGCAAUUGAACUUGAAAGAGAAAAGGGCCGGCUGGCUGGAGUGUUAGCAAGUCAGAAAACACUGCGAGAGCACGUGGUGAAGAUGGAAGGUGAAAUAGCAACCCGAGAAUCAGCCUUGCUUGAGGCGGCAAACGAGUUACAGAGAUUGAAGAAAGACAAAGAAUUACAGCAGAAGACAGCAAGCGAGAAAAUCGGUAGUCUACAAACGCAGUUGACGAACGUGAGGCAGGAAAAGAAGAAUCUUCAGGAUUCUUUCAGGAAGGAAAGACAGGAAAAUGUUGCUUUAAGAAGUGAGAUUGAGGAGAACGCUAACGAAAAAGUGGAUUUGAUUAAGAACUUAAGCGGUGCUGAGAAACAAAUCAAGCAAUUACAGGAAAAGGUUAAGAGCGAGGGCGAUGAAUUGAAGAGAUGCAGAUCUCAACUAGAAGGGUUGAAGGAAAGCUUCGCCGAAGAACAGACUGCGCGCGACAAUUCACAAAGGAGAUUGGAAGUGGUGUUGGAGCAAGAAGCAGCGAAGGAUAGAAGAAUGGAAAGCUUAGAAUGGGAAGUUACUCGGCGAACCAAAGAGGUGGAAUACCUAAAGGAACAGCUACGAAUGAUGGACGAAAGACAACAGUUGGAAAUGGAAAACUUGAAAACCGCGCUUCAAGUAUCAAGGAGCGAAACGACUUCAUUGCGUUCUGAGUUGUCUGAGGCGAGGAAGGCUAAAUGUACUUACCAAACAAAGACAUUUGAAUUAAAAGAUUCUCUGCUUACCGCCAGGCAAGUCACAGAGUCGUUAAAACAGGAGUUGUUUGUGAAGCGUCAGGAGCUGAAUUCCUUAGUGAAUGACGUGCUGGCUUCCAGCAACCUGCUACUGCUACAAGAAGAAGUUAAAAGGAAAAGAGAAGCUCUGUCUGACUGUGAGGAAACACGAGACGACACAGAUGGGGCUAAAAAGGAGUUUACCAACACCUUCAGGUAAAGAUCCUAUUUCAGCUAAA